AUGACAACGGUUUUCAUCGCUUCCCUCUUCCUUCCGUACACCAUUGAUUUCAAGAAAGCCAACCAGAAGAGUUCGCGUCGCAAGUAUUCACCCAGCCAUGGCGCUGUUGACGGGUCUGGCGCAGGCCCUAUUGUCGGACGUCUGCCGCGUCCCCGGUCCUGCAGCUUGACACUGACCCCCGGCGCAACGACCGAAGACGAGAAGGUGUUCAAAGGAUAUGCUUCCCAGGCGGCAGGCGAAAUUCCGAUCGCCGACAACCCCAAUGGACCAGGGCCCAGUGAACCCCGCGCGGUUCCCUGGGGUCGAAGUCGCAAAUUCAACCAGCCUUGGUCGAAGGCAUCCGCUCACCCGGAACCGUCCAUCCUGAGUCGCCCGAGUUCGCAACAAGGGUUGAAGGAUUCCUCCAAAGCGGGUGCUCGGAAUCGGCUAGUCUCGGAUCAGCUAGGAAGUCCUAGCGCCAUGCUCUCGGCUGUGGAUUGGACCGUGAAGGCUGCUGAACAGGGCCACGGGGGACUGCAGAAUGCCAUUCAUGCCGCCGAAGAAGCAGGCGUUCUGCACAACAAGGUGUGGGUGGGGACCCUGGGCAUGCCAACCGACUCUCUCACCGAGCAGACGCGAGAUGUCAUUGACGAGACGUUGAUGGAUGACUACGAAUCCUUGACGGUAUUUGUGGGGGACAGCGAGUUUGAAGGCCAUUACGCCCAUUUCUGUCGGUCCGUACUCUGGCCAGCCUUCCACUAUCAGAUGCAGGAGACCCCUCGCCAUACGGAAUAUGACGACUACUCAUGGAAGCAGUACCUUAAAGUGAAUGAGGCAUUCGCGGAAACAAUUGCUGGUCACUGGCGGCCGGGAGAUCGUGUAUGGGUACAUGACUACCAUCUUUUAUCGCUUCCUGCGUUGUUGCGAGAGCUGUUGCCAGAUGCCGAAAUAGGAUUCUUCCUACAUACUGCUUUUCCCUCGUCCGAGGUCUUCCGCUGCUUGAACCCGCGGGAAGCGCUCUUGGAUGGUCUUCUUGGUGCCGACCUAAUUGGAUUCCAGACCGAAGAAUACUGCCACCACUUUCUGCAAUCCUGCAGCCGGCUUCGUAAACUUGAGGUUUCUGACGGCGUCCAGGUCAAUGACCGGUUUGUGCAAGUCCGAAGCAUUCCCCUGGGUAUUGACUAUAAAUCACUCAAUCUGCUACGACAAUCGGUCGAGGUCAAAGACUGGAUCGCCAACAUCACGGCCAGGUAUAAUGGUAAACACUUGAUCGUUGCUCGAGAUCGUCUGGAUGUCCCUGGCGGUAUCAAACAGAAGCUCCAGGCGUAUGAGCUCUUUCUUGAAACAUAUCCAAAAUGGAGAGAUAACGUGGUCCUUGUGCAAGUGGCCUCAUCGGCCUCUGAGAUCCCAGAACUUGAAGCCCAGGUUUCCAAGAUUGCAAUGAGAAUCAAUUCUGUUUUCUCAACACUUACUCAUCAGCCACUCGUCCUACUACCACAAGACAUUAGCUACUCACAGUUUCUUGCUCUUCUCAGCGUAGCCGAAAUAUUGAUGGCCACAAAUCUCCGCGAAGGCAUGAAUCUCACCAGCCAUGACUUCAUUCACUGUCAAGACGGCGAGCUAGCCCCUCAGAAGCAUGGUUCCCUCAUCCUCAGCGAAUUUACUGGUAGCGCAUCCAUAUUUCACGGUCAUGAGCUUCUUGUCAACCCAUGGGACUACAAGCAGUGCGCAAAUUCUAUCAACAAGGCACUAGAGAUGUCUCCGGACCAUAAAGAACGUAACUGGCAAUUCCUUCUUGAUCGCAAGGCCCCAUAUACUGCGCUAGCCUGGUUUACAUAUCUACAAUCCGCUCUUACAGAGGCCCACAGAGUGCAACAUCCUUAUCCCUACCUCGCCAUAAUCGAAGGUAGUCGUCGUAGCUACGAUUAG